GGUAAUAGGGAAGAGAGAGGUUAGUUAUAAUAGUAUACCAAGAUUCCUUCCAACUCCCGCACAUACGUACCUCUUUUUUUCGUACACAAAAUGGCAGACCACUGGUUGUCAUCCCAGAUUUUCCAUACACAAGGAAGAAGCAUUCGAUAAUUUGGAACACAUACUCCAUUUUUUUAUUGUAAUUAUCCAGCCUGGGAAAGGGAAUGAUUUUGAGAGAAGAGAAUAGGAGAAACAGACUAGGGUACCCCUAGGUUUCUUAGAUCUAUACGCUGUGGAAACCUGAUUUUCAAUAUAAGCUUUGUUAAGAAUAUUCUUUUUUACUUCAAUGCUUCAUUUAAUUUAUUGAUGGGAGGGUUUUCCUGAAUUUCAAAUAUUUACAGAAUAAGAAAAUUUGCCACCCUAACAUGUUUCCUACAGUCAAUUACAUGAAGCAUUCAUGAAAAAAAUUAAUGGAGCUACUAUUGGGGAAAUAGAAUUAAAAGCAAAAUCUGCUAUUUCAGAAAACCUCUCCACAAAAAUAGAAGAGAAAGAAAACACUUUUAUUUCUGAAUAAAUAUUCAACCAGAAUGUAAUGCACACGACAGGCAAUCCCCUAAAGAGAUUACUAAAACAGAAAGAAAUCUUCCCCUUUUAUAUGCCAAGAAGAUAUCCUCCAUUGCACACAUUUUCUUAAGACAAACAAUGACUACUACUCAAAUAAGAGGACUUGACAGCAUCACUUGUCACACAGAGUUUAUCUGAAAUUAUUUUUGUAAUAUAUUUGCUAAUUGCCCUUAAAAACUAAUUUCCCCUCUCUUUUUGAUUGGAGGUAGAUUUGCAAUUUGGAGACAGGUGUCAACUGAAGUUAGACUCCAGAAAAUUGUAUUCUGGAAUACUUGAGCAUGGAGACUGCACACGGACAUUAGGGUGUGUGCUCUGAGAUAAACGAAAGCUACAGUAAGAGAACAUAACCAAUCCCAAAGAUAAUUUCAAAGAACAAUGACAGCAAAGGUUAGGUGGGAGUAGUAUUUGACAAUGCUUAUUUGAUAUUGUCUCUCAGAGCUGCAAACUAGAUUAUACAUGUCAUUAGCGUCAGAUAGCUUUAAAGUUGUGACCUUCCUUUACAUGAAUUUUCUAGCCAGUUUCCUUUCCUUUGCAAGUGGCAACAAAACAUGAAACCCUAGAAUGUGUGAAUUCAGACAUUAGGUAGGUAUAAGCAGGCUCUCUGUCCAGGGCUGCUUUCUGUCUUGCAGGGGCUAGUGAGUCUUGCGUGUUUUUAUUUUAUUCUCACAUUUGUGUUUUUUUAGAAAAGUGAAUGGUCAGUAAUGGCUUAUUUUUUAUAAUAAAAUCUUCCAUUUUUAAUAAGGUGCUCCCGGAAAUCCCUCACAGAGCCAAAAGGAAGUUUGGAGAGCAGCUAUAAGGAUAAGAAUGAUGUGGGGUGAAUCUGGGGUUGCACAGCUAGUACCCCAGUUUCUCUGAAAUUGUUUCUUCUAAGCCCACUCCCCAUCCUUCUCCUGCCUGUUUUAGAUAUGACCUUUACAUUACUCAAGGACAAGCAAUAAAAUAUUUUGCACUUUGUUUUAUUUCUUUCAAGGAACUUCACAAGAGCAGCCCUGCAUCUGCUUUUCUUACCAUUGAACCCACAGUGCCCAGCACAUAGUAGGCACUCGACACAUACUUGUUAAAGGAAUGAACAAACAGAUGAGUGACCAAACAGGAAACAACCAUCAAAUACAAGGAUAAUACAAAAAUCCAUGAUUCCUGUCCCGAGAUUUCUUUCUUUUUUAACCUUUUUUCUGUUGAGAUUCAUUUAUAUGCAGUGAAGUGCACCCUUAUUAGUAUACAGUUCUGUGAAUUAUGAGAAAUGCAUAUAGUCAUGUGGCCACUAACACAAUCAAGAAAAAGAACAACAACAAAAAAUUUCCUCCUGUCCUUUGAAAGUCAACACCUCCCCCACCUUUUGCUCCUGGCAACACUAAUAUAUUUUCUGUUCCUGUGGUUUCACCUUAUCUUGAAUGUCACAGAAGGUAGGCUUUAAGUCUGGUCUCUUUCACUUAGUGUAAUGCAUUUGAGAUUGAUCCAAGUUAUUGCAUGUAUUAAUAGUCCACUCCUUUUCAGUGAUGGUCAGGAUUCUGUUGUGUGGAUGUAAUAUAACACAGAGCUUAUUAAGCAAUUCACUCAAUGAAGAUCAGUUGGGCUAUUUCCAGGGUUUUUUUGGCUAUUAUGAGUAAAGCACAUACAAAAAUUUGUACACACAGUCUUAGAGGACAUAAGUUUCACUUGGCUAAAUGCCUAGGAGUGAAAUUGCAGUAACCCUAUGUUCAAUUUUAUAAGAAAUUGCCAUAUUUCCGAGAUGGGAGGGUUCCCUUGACCCCUUCUCGGGACUUGUGACAGGGGUGUGGCCUACUUACUUGGCCACCACCAUGCUCAAACUCUCUGUGGGAGCGGGAGCACGCAGGCAAGCAGGUGCCAGGGCUUUGAUGAGCACUUUUGGCCUCCAGCCCAACAGCAGCAUCUAGGGAUGUGUUACAGUUCAUGCUCUUUUAGCAGUUGCCAUCCGUGGACAGCUAAGUGUUAACCCACUCAAUGGAGAGUCAGGGUGACAGCCUUUUACACCCUGCCCUCUUGGUACCCAGGUUCUUGUUCAGCAUCCAGGAAGAAUCAGCUUGCAUGAAUGGUUUGAAAGGUGAUAAAUGCGGACAAUUUUAUUAAAUGGUGGAAGUGGCUCUCAGUGGAAGGGGAGCUGGAAAAGGGAUGGUGCAGGAAGAAGGUGACCUUUCCCUGAAGCCUGCUGUCUCUGGCUGGGCUCCUCCCUGAAGUCACGCCACCUGAAGUUAAGCCACAUCUCUCACACUCAGUUGCUUCUUCUCUUGAUGUUCAGCCACUUGUCUGUCUGCCAGCUGAGGUCUGGGGUUUAUAUUAGCAUGGGAUAGGGGGGCUGGACAGGCUAAAGAAUAACAUUUGGGCAGGAUAACAGGGAUAACUGUUCUCAUUUAGGGCUGUGGUUUCAAGGCUUGAGGGUGGGACCUUUGCCAGUGAACCACCCUCUUCUACCCAGUAAAGCCCUGCCUUCUUUCCUUAUCACUUCUUUCCAAAAAGGCUGUCAUUUUGCAUUCUCAUCAGCAAUGCAUGAGACUUCCAGUUUCUCUGCAUACCUUGCCAUACUUGAUAUUGUCAGGGUUUUAUAGCCAUUGUAAUAAAUGUGUAAAAGUGUUCCAUUGUGGACUUGAUUUACACUUCCCUAAUGACUACAAUGUUUAGCAUCUUUUAAUGUUCAUCUGUAUAGUUCCUUUGGUGAAAUGUCUGUUCAAAUAUUUUGCCCAUUUUGUUAUUGGGUGUUUGUUUUCAGAUUUGAGAGUUGUUGAUACUAUAUUUUCUACAGGUCUGUGGCGUGACUGUUUUAACCUCCUUCUGACUUUUCUAAGAAAACAACGUGAUUUAUAAACGUAAAUAUAAGCAGUGGAAAAACUCCCAUGGCCCAUCUGUAAUUUCAGACCUGGGAUUCCCCAGAGGUUCGAAGGUCUCAUUGACGGGUAGUUGCUGGUUAUGGCCAACAGCCAGGUUGAUUCAGGCACUGACAUGUUAGGACAUUCUGCACGUGCAUGCCUCUAACACUCCUCCCCCAGCCUCUUCCUCCCCUCUGCAGACACCCUUCUCGUUUCUGCUGUCUCUGCACGGGUGGCCAGAGCCACACAGCCCUUUCUUUAAGUCAGGAGUUGCCCUUUCAGAGCACAAGGCAAGAAGGAAGUGGUAAAGGGACAGAGGGGAAGACCUGAGAGGACUGAGAGGAUGGGAAACUCUCUGCUGAGAGAAAACAGGUAAGUCUAGACUCCUUGUGGGAGAGCAGAGGAGAUGGGACAGGGCAAUACAGCAACGAAGAGAAAAAGAAAGCUAGUAUACAGUUAGCACACUAAGUUGGGGUAGAAAGUAGUUGGGUAAGGAAACUGCCAAGCCUUCAGUGCCUACUCUGUGCCAGAUACCACAUUAAAUUUCCCAUAGGUUUUGCCUUCUCCCAAGAAUCAUGGUGAGCAGCUGAUGGAGAAUAGCUGAAAGGUGGAAAGACUUUACCAAGGAAGGUCUAUAUAAUAGGUUACCACCUAAGAAAUGAAACAACUUUCUGAAAGCCCGGGAAGGAGAUGCUCUCCUGAGCUCCUCAUGCUCCACAAGGAGGUCAAAAUCACCACCCUCUUUCAGCCACUAUUUUAAGUUUGAAAUAAACAGCAAGCUUCCUGCCACCUUGAGUCUUCCUUUGAUGUGCACUCCCUGCAAGCAGUUUCAGGCGGCAGCAGAACACUCAAGAGAUGCCUUGGAAUGUGAGAAUGCAAAGCCCCAAACACAGAACAUCCAGAUGCUGGGAUCACCAUAUCGCUGAAGGGUGUUUCUGCCUUCCGUGGAAAAAAAUACUCAUUUUUGAAAAGGGGCAAGAUUCCCAAAACGAAAAUGAAGGAAUGUCAUCUACUCCCACCCAGCAGGACAAUGUUGACCAGACCUACUCAGAGGAGCUGUGCUAUACGCUCAUCAAUCAUCAGGUUCUCUGUACAAGGCCAUCGGGGAACUCUCCUGAAGAGUACUAUGAGAAUGUUCCCUGCAAAGCUGAGAGACCCAGAGAGUCCUUGGGAGGAACUGAGACUGAGUAUUCACUUCUACGUAUGCCUUCUACCCCUAGGCAUGCCCGAUCCCCAGAAGAUGAAUAUGAACUUCUCAUGCCUCACAGAAUCUCCUCUCACUUUCUGCAACAGCCACAUCCACUUAUGGCCCCUUCUGAGACUCAGUUUUCCCAUUUAUAGUGAAGUGGUUGGACUAGCAUUUGUUUAGCACCAACAAAUAAAAGGUGGGAUGUGGAAUCUGCCUGACGCAGGGAUGGGACACAAAGUCCCUCCAGCUUAUCUCCCACAACAACCCAUUCCCUGCAGAGCAUGGUUUGUAUACCACAAGCCCUCUUAGCAUGCAAAAGCCAAAAUCUAAAGAUCAACCAUUUAUCCUGAACACCACCGUUUGAGAAAGAGGUAGCCAUUUUUGGUUCUACAUGGUUUGGAGAGUAUAGUGGUAGGAGGGGCUCCCUGAUUCCCCUAAAGCUAUGGACACCACAAGGGGCUCUGCUAUUCCGUCUGGGAUCUUCUUAUAAAUUGUUCCCAUGAUCAUUCUCUAAAGUCAUAAGGAAGCUUUACUCAUCAUACUAAGUGUGCCCAAGGGGGAGUUCACUCAUUACAGUGACCUUCCAGCUCAGCCCCCACCCCAUGGGAGCCUGUGUUGCUCCUCUCACUCCAUGUGUCUAAGUCAUGCCUUUUACAUAGUGUCCUUUGACCUGUUGGCCCCCAUGGUCUGGUUAGUUAUGUGAGCUGAAUCAAGAGGCUCUAGGCCAGAUGUUUACAUAAUUUUAACCUAUAUGAUUUUAUUUUUAACUUUGUAUUUCUCCCUAGAAAUCUUAAUAAGACAAUUAUACCAGCAGACAAUGUUAAGAAGAAUGAUCCUUGGAGAUCCUGUAAUCCCACUACCCCCUUUUUUGGCUCAGAGAGGAUAAUUUGCCUAAUGAUACAUUAAAGUUAGUGGCAAAACUUAAUUUGGAGCCUGAUUUCCUACUGACUUCCAAUUUAGUGCUCCCCCAGUAUGCUACAUAGAAAGCCCUCUGCAAUAUAUUAAAUGUAUACUAAAUGUAUAUAUUUAAUAAUGUCAUGUAUAAAAUAUGAAUAAAAUGCCCACAUAGGAAAUUAACACAUAUAUACCUUAUCUGAUAAGCACUCCUCUGUGUGUCCUGAUUGGUUACUUUCUCUUAUCUUUUCCUUAGUGUUCCUCAAAUUAUAUCUAUCCUCUAAACCAGGGAUCAGCAAACUAUAACCCCCAGGCCAAAUCUAGCCCACUCCCUGUUUUUAUAGAUAAAGAUUUAUUGGAACACAGCCACACUCAUUUGUUUACCUACUAUCUAUGAUUGUUCAACCAUGGGAGAGUUAAGUAAUUGUGACAUGCACCAUAGGCCCUUAAGAGCCAAAAUAAAUAUACUUUGGCACUUUUUGGAAAAAAAAAUUUGCAGACACCUGCCCGAAAUGAUUACAGUUUGAGAGAAACUUAACAGAAAUGUGUUUGGUUACUGAUCCAUAAGAGCAGGCACCAAUAAAAUGGCAUAAAAAUAUUAAAUCACAAAUUGGAUAAGUGAGACCAAGGCAAUUUAGCAAAUUCUACUAUUUCUGUAUUCACACCUGUGUCUUCCACUUGCUGUUUUAUUUAACUCACGGCUACUGUGCUAAUUUUAGGGAUACUAAAAUAGUUUGUUUUAAAAGAGGUUUGUUUAAGAAAGCAGUAGGUACAUUCUGUUUACUAGACAGGCCCUUGGACCAGCUAAGGGACAGGGAACCUGAUACAUUAUGUUUAGUUACUGUUUUCUUCUCAAAGUUAACCAAAGCUAAAUAACUUUGCUAUUUAAAAUGUGCUGACUCCCAAAUGAGGAGAAAUGCAGAGGCUUGAGCUUGGAUGUGUCACAGGUUUGUUGAGCCUUCAGCCAGGUGAUGGUCUUCAGCUAAAAAGCCAGCUGCAUCUUGGUAUCUCUUCCUCUGCUAACUUCCUACUUUUAGCAAAAUUCUUUCACAUGGAACUCUAGCUGAUCCUUGGCCAGGAUCAGAUCCUCAAAAGGAGGUAUUCGGUUAGCAGUGGAUAUUGUACAAGAUGUAACAUGGCUUAGAGGAAAGAGUGUAGACCCCAGAGAUAGAUCAUCAAUCAUUCAAAUCCUGGUUCUCUCUCUUCCUCCAUCUGUGACUUUGAACAUGCUACUUGGAGGCUUAGCUUCUUCACCAUCAACAGGAGGAUUACAUCUAAUGCAGGCAAUCAUCUAUUACAGAUGCCAAAUAAAUGAUAUCAAAGAGCGUAGAGAAACAAAAAUCUUUUAUGAUGUAUGGAAAAAAACCAUGCGGAUACAGCUGGCUAUUCAGGGUCACCCAGCAGUCCUCCAGCAAGGUAGAAACACCAGAUCAAUGAGUUUAUGCUAGAAUUUUUCACAUGGCUACUGGACCAUUGUGGAAGUAGACUGGUUGAAAUAUUCUUAGUAUGACAUAGUAAGUUAUAUUUGUUUGAACCUUAUCCUGUGAAAGCAUUAUCUGUCCCAAACAGUAUAUGCCUUUUAUCAGGGACACAUUAAAUAUAAAUGUUUAACCAAAGAAAGUUGUUCUUAUAAUAUAAUUAUAACAGGGAUUUAUAAGAGGGAAUUAUAAGAGGGAUUAUGAAAGGGAAUUACUUUUGAGCAAGGGGAGCCAUUUGGGAGGGCUUCAAGAUACCCAAUAUGAUAUAUACAAUUAUGAUUGCUCAGUCAAAAAUAAUAUUAAGAACAAAAAAAGAGUUAAAAAAUUCUGAUAUGAGUGUAAUAUACUUAAUGUGUAGGAUGUCUCAAAUUUCCAGUAAAUAAAUUUUAAUGUCCCUAAAUACCCACUAU